AUGUCACUAGCAGUGGGCACGACUGGUUGAAACCUUUCGCAUAUUAUUGGCUGCAGAAACUCUCUUUAACCCAGCUGGGGAGACUGGCUGGCUGGCUGGGCACCCCCUGUGUAAGCAAAGGCGGGGUGGUGAGGAGAGGAGGAGGCGGUUGUGAAAUUGGAUACCGGAUUGAGCCAUGUUGGCUCUUGUGUUGCACUGCGCUGGAUCUGAAAUGGCUCCAGUUUCGACUUUGUUUUUGCGCUCUCUCUCUCGGGUUUGUUAUUCCUCAGGGUGCUCUUUGUGUUUGGAUGAUGCUGUGUAAAUGGUUGCUUUCUUAACGAUAAACGAUUUGUUUGCGUUUUAUUUUUAAACUGAAUUGUUUCAGCUGUGAAACGCAAGACUUGAAAGCAAAGAAAGAAAGGGCAACCCACGCCGGCUUCCAGAGAGGCGAGGGAGGCAAACGAAACUGAAUCCACUUUGGUUUUACAGUACAGCACAAAUCCAUUUCAAAACUAAACACACAAAAUACGGUUUCAUUUUGAAUUGCACUGAUAUCCACACGAACAGAACUACGGUAUUAGCAAAGGUAUCCGGUGUAGAGCCAGGAGACCGCAUGUAAGUGAAAUGAAUGCUUUUUUUUUUGCCGAUUUGUUUUCAACUUGCUUUUCUUUCCCCUCUUGCAGAGAUGGGCAGCCUGCACAGUGCGGUGAACUGCACCGUAACGAGUGUAGUAGCAGCGCUUUGCAAAAUGUUAACACCGUGAAGGCGGUCCUGUUAAUGUUGCGUGUCCCAUUGCUUUACACUGUUACAACUCUCUAUUACCUGAACGCCUAUGGAAGCAGAAUGGUUAAAAGGCCGUGUGCGUCAUUCCUGAUAACUGAGAAUGGAUCAGCCUCACUCAGAGGAAGUUUCUGAGAUGGAAACAGCUCACAUCAGCCCAGAGCUUCCUGUUCGAUGGGUUGUUUCUGCAGACAGGACUGUUGAGAUCAAGGAGGAAGUGACUGAGCUGGGGUGCGACCAUGCCAACGAGCGAAUCCUGCAGGAGGAAACGCCACCUUCUAGCAUCACUGAGAGAGGUACUGAGAUGAAAUUGGUACAUUGUGGUAGAAGACAAGAAUCAGAAAUGGCAUCUUCUCACAUUAAAGAGGAGACCCCAGAACUGGAACCCGUCCCCAUUAAAGAGGAGACCCCAGAACUGGAACCUCUCCACAUUAAGGAAGAAAUCUCCGCGCUGGAACCUGUCCACGUUAAAGAGAAGAGUCCUGUACUAAAAUCAGCAGACUGUGAACACCUUUCAGUUAUGUCUGAUGGCAACACGUGUGCUCCCACCACUCAGCUUCGCUGGACUGAGGAGGAGACCAGGGCAUUAAUAAACAUAGUCAGUGACCUGGGAGUGAUGAAUCGGCUCGAUCGCCCCAAACAGCGCAACCAGCAUGUGUACAAGCAAGUGGUUGAGGCCCUCUCUAAACGAGGGAUAGACCGCACAGUCCCGCAGGCCAGGGACAAAUUCAAAAAGCUGAAGCAGUCCUACCUGCAGGAACGAGCAAGGAGGUGUUGUUCGGGAGAAGCAGGACAGUCCCGGUUCCGGUUCUGGGAAGAGAUGAACGGUUUGCUGGGGCAGCGGCCGGUAGCUGCCCACUUGAGUGACACCUCCCAGCAUGCUGCUUCUGAGGCGUCUUCCUCCUGUCUUGAUCAAGACCCCUCCAGCAGUGAAACUACUGCAUCACAGUCUUCAGCCAUAACCUCCUCAAGUCCUCAACCACAAGCUGAAGAACUGAGCAAACAGUCCGAUUCAGAUGCCGCACAUGUGGAGAGGCAAGAAAAGGCAACUGAGGCAGGAGAAUUGGUGCUUGAGACGCCACAACCUGACGUGGCAGCUAGGGGACGACAUCGCAAUGCUCGCCCGCCACGAUGCCUUUUAGUAACGGAGUACAGGCGGUCCAGUCUGCUAGAAAUGAGACUGAUGCGACACCAGAUGCAAGCCGCAGCUGCGAGGCAGCACUUCCUCUUCCUGCAGGCAGAGCGGCGCCGUCAGCACGACUGGUCGAGGUGGAUGAGGCAGCAGCGGCGUCAGCAUCAGGAAACCGUGGCAAUGCUCUCCGGGUUCCUGCGGAGCAUUGCAGAGGCCGGGACAUCCAACCGACCCAUGGUUGACGCCAGCACCAACCUAACUUCGGCUUCUCCUGGCAGAGCACAAGACGGCGGACUGUCUAUUCGCCGUGCAGGUCUCCCUCCAAGAGAGAUGCCCGUACCAGGGCAAGAAGAGGUGCCCCACAACUGUAAUACAUAUGCCCCUACGUAAAUACUACAAUAGAAUUACAAAUGAGCGCAUCGGUUGUGUUUUUUUUUUAUUAUUAAUAUUUAACACAAAGGUAAAUGCAACAAAAACUUACAAUAAAGGAGAGCGUCUGAUCGCACGAGCCUCCUCAGAUCGCUGCUGUCCAAUUGAACCUGGUGGCCGAGGUAGCGUUUCCACAGCUCCAUGAACAUUGGUGACUGGACAGCGGCAAUGUCUCUGCCCACUUCCCGGCUUGUUUGUUAGGUAGAAAGAGAGCAGAGCGUGACUGACAUCAUUUAAGACAUAUUGCCAAAACACAGGUUUAUCGGCUGAAAAAGAAAACUAUUAUAAUCAUUUUCUAAAUAGUUCUUGCGGUGUGUUUUUUUCAGUUAAAACUUCAAGCCCUGCAUACAACAGCUUUGAUAACGUUUUGCAAAUGAAUUCAUAUUCAGAUACUUGCCUGAAUCUUCAAUGGGUUUCAGAACAUGACAAGUCCUUGUUUGCCCCAGCACUAUUGUUACUGCCAGACUGAGUCAGAUGACAGAAGUAAAGAAGGAUUGAAUGCAUGACAGGGGGAUUCUGAUAACAGCUCUGAAAGUACGUUUUCAUUUUGUGAAAAUGAGGCUGAUGAAGAUGACCUGGAGACAAAACCAUCCUUUGAUUAUAGCAAUACACCCUGCCAUUCAUCUCUGCAUGCUUUCAGUAGAGCAAUACACCCUGCCAUUCAUCUCUGCAUGCU